GUGGAGCAGGAUAUCGAGCUGUCGCCGGAGGAGUACGCCAUGGCACUGGAGCAGGAGGUCGAGUCGCAGCGCAAGCGCUAUUACAUCGGUGGGGUGGUGAAGGACAACAACCUCAUCGUUCCGUGGAAGCCGGUCGACGAGAAGCAGCUGAUGAAGGACGCUCGCAAACAGCUCAAGAAAAACGGUAUCUUGGACCCGUCUGGCGAGAUCGACGAGGACGCUGAG